AUGGCUGAGGCACAAGAUGAGGACACUCCCCUGAAGCAGAAGUUGGAUGAAUUUGGGACCUUUCUGUCCAAGGUUAUCGCCGUCAUUUGCGUGCUGGUGUGGGUGGUCAACCUGCCGCACUUUAAGGACCCUAUCCACGGCUCCUGGUUCUCUGGAGCCCUGUACUACUUCAAGAUUGCGGUGGCGCUGGCCGUGGCCGCCAUCCCUGCCUAUGCUGGCUGA